CCCUGUCCAAACCAUCACAAACUAUCCGACCUUCAAUCAGUGAAGAGCAGGAGUGUUGCAAAAUGGUGACCAGUAAAGUGAUGUGUUUAGUUGCCCUGGCACUUUUCGGGAGUGCGGUGGCUCAGCCGGCUAAGCAGGCGUUCUGGAAGGGAACCGCCAUGGACGGGAUGGUCGAAGAGAUGAGGUCGGGCUGCGUGGAAGGAUCAGACCCCACUGCCUGCAUCAAGUACAAAGUCAUGUCAUUACUGGACACCAUUUUCAAGAAGGACACCUUUCAGAUCUCCGAAGCCGUAGAGGUCACCAAGAACGGCGCCAGCAACGACGUCACUGGGCGCUCCUCUGGCGACUUCAUCGACACCAUCGAGAGCUACAUUCAGUCUCACGACGUCUCCUUCCAACUGCCCCUCGCCGACACCAAAGUCACCGUCAGCCCCAGAAACUUGGACCAGGACGAACUCAGCCUGAACAUCAAAUUUGGCAGCCAAGAUGGCGCUCGCUCCGUUGGUGAAGCCCGUAAAGCUAAGCUGAAGAAGAUUAUUGUCCCCAUCCUCGUCUUUGUACUCCUUAAGGCUAUGACCCUGAUCCCUCUGGCUAUUGGUGUCCUUGGACUGAAGGCCUGGAACGCCCUGCAGCUGUCUUUCUUCUCCUUCGUGGUCUCCGUCGCUCUGGCCAUCUUCCAGCUAUGCAAGAAGUUUACCCAGAUCGCGGCCGACAACUCCCACCCCCAGAUAGCAGCCCACGGCCCCUGGGACGCCGCCUAUGCAGCCACCCGUCGCAGGAGAGACGCCGAACCCCAAGAAAUGGCACAAGAACUCGCUUACAACGCUUACCACUAAAAACCGACGUUACCUCUGACCCCAAAACCAUUCGAAAUAGCCGCCAUUCGAAAUUCUAAUACUAGAAUCCAAAAUGGCGCCAACGACUGGCAACAGACCAAAAAUAUGUUUCGUUCUGAAACUGUGACAGUGUAAAUACUAUGUAAUGUACCUAAAUGCAACUUAUUUAUUGAAAUAAAACGCGCGUGAGAGACUGUGUGAUUGUGAUGUGUGGAUGUUAUUUAUUUUUUAUUAUAAUAAAGUUAUUGAAUUGAA